UAGAAACUGAAACUUAACUGAGAGCAAUAAAAGACAGUCACUAUCAGAAAACACACUUAAUCUGAACAGGGACAGCUGGCAUUUGAAAAAACAAGUCCUGAUUUGAAUUAUGAGUGACAGUGAGAACACCCUUGAAAAAAACCUAAAGAAACUGCAAUGUCACUUCACCUGGGAGCUAAACAAGGAACAGGCUGACCUCAACCUCCUGGAGAUAAAACUACGUGAAACGCUGGAAGUAGUUCAGGAGGGAUUUGAAGGCAAUCUGAAAAGACACAGUUUAAACCUGCUGGCUUAUAUUAAACACCUAAAAGGUGAAGAUAAGAGAGCACUGGAAUGCUUAGAGAAGGCAGAGAGGGAAAACGCUCAUAGCGAGAGGCUGUGUGUAGUGACGUAUGGAAACCUGGCCUGGGUCUGCCAUCACAUUGGAGAUGACAUAAGAGCAGACGGGUAUAUUCAGAAGCUGGAGGAGAUACACAAGGCCUCUGCCACAGCCUCAACCUCUGUCCUGCUUGUGCCCAGAGAGGUCCACAGUGAAAAGGCCUGGUCCCUCAAGUUCUCAAAGCACCACUACACAAGAGCCAAGGAGUGCUUUCAGGAGGCUCUGCAGAUGGAGCCUGAAGAUAAGGAGUGGAACUCGGGUUUUGCCUUCUCUCUGUUCCGCCAGGAGGGCCUGGUGACUAGGGAGGACCAGAGGCUCUCCUAUGAGGAUUCCCUUGCUGUUAAACAGCUGAAUUAUGUCCUGGAGCUCAACCCAGACAGUGCCAUGACCAGGGUCUACCUGGGCCUGAAGUGCUACAAGAACCGGAGGAACGCAGAGGCCUGGGGCUACAUGAGGAAGGCUCUGAGUCUGGCACCCUACGACCUCAGUGUGGUACUACAGGUGGGGAGGUUCAUGAAAAAGGAGCAGAGUUAUGAUGAAGCCCUGGCAGUGCUGCUUAGGAUGCUGCAGAGGGCGCCAAACUCUUCCCGCCUGCACCACGAGAUAGCCAACAACUACCGCUGGAGGGCUAAGCAGAGCGGAGACCCCCACGACCAAACACUGCUCAAACGCUGUGUGUUCCAUCUGGAGGAGGGGGCACGCCUCAACCCCACACACAUCUACCCUCAGGUGGAGCUGGCUGUGAGGUACUCAGAGCUGAAGGACACCAGUAAGGCCAUGGAGAAGUUUCAAGAGCUGUGGUCCCGGUCAGAUCUGAAGCCCUCCGACCGCCAGGCCUGGCACCGCAUGUAUGGUGACGUCCAGCUCUACCACCUGGGCUCUGAGAGGACCGCUGUCAACCACUACAAGGAGGGCAUGAGGCUCUAUAACAUAUCAACUGAAUGGAGUCAGUGUAGAAGAAGGCUGCUCAAAGUGCUGAGGUUUAACAAGGAGAGGAGAGGAGAUGACCCCUAUGAUAUCAGAGAGUUUGUUGACUCAUUCAAGAGAGGGGUUUUUAAUGUGGAGGAAGCUGGGGUGUCGACACUGACACUGGGCCACCCCGAGUCCACUUCAUAAUGAGUAGCCUUCCACUGUGGCUUUACCAUCAACAGCUCUUUACAUGUUUGAUCAUUCAUAAUAACAAUUAGCUGAUAAUGCAUUUAAUAUACACUGAGUACACCAAACAUUAGGAACACCUUCCUAAUAUUGAAUUCCCCCCCCCCCUUUUGGCCUCAGAACAACCUCAAUUCGGCCAGGCAUGGACUCUACAAGGUGUCGAUCCUGUCCCAUGUUGACUCCAAUGCCUUUGGGUGGUGCACCAUUCUUGAUUCACACGGGAAACUCUAGAGUGUGGAAAAAUCCAGGAGCGUUGCAGUUCUUAACACAAACCGGUGUGCCUGGCACCAACUACAAUUCCCUGUUCAAAGGCAAUUCAAUAUUUUGUCUUGCCCAUUCAUCCUGUGAAUGACAUACAUACACAAUCCAUGUCUCAAUUGUCUCAAGGCUUAAAAAUCCUUAUUUAACCUGUCCCCUCCCCUUCAUCUACACUGAUUGAAGUGGAUUUAACUAGUGACAUCAAUAAGGGAUCAUAGCUUUCACCUGGAUUCCCCUGGUCAGUUCUUGUCAUGUGUAUAUACUGACUGACUUUCACCUGGUCUAAAAAGCACUUUACAUACACUUUUUUGUAUAGGGGGUGGGGUGAAGGGAAUUAGGGGUGACUAAUAAAAUACUACGUUGCCCCUCAAAUUGAAAUAUAUAAAUAUAAUAUAUUUAAAUAUAAACAUUUUGCCUAGGACAUUGUUUAAAAUAAGUGAAUCACUGUGCAUGCUAUUCUAACAUACAACUGAGAAGUGACAUGGAGUUAAGUGCUUAUUUUUGAAAAGAUAUACUAUUUCACAAUAAAAAAUAUGUUUGCUGAUA